CGCUUGUCUGUGGCGUGGCUUCUUGUCUCAGUAUAAGGGGAGUAAAUAAGGAUCUGCUGAGACAUCUCACUUAAUACCAUCACAGACCUCAGCUGCCAACCAAAUCACGACAAACCUCCAGGUGGUGUAAUUAUCUGUUCUGUCGGUGUGUUGGCGACAUUGAGUUUUGAGCGUGUAAAGUGCUUGUGAGCAGGUGGUGUGUUUGUGUUCAGCACCGCAUCAUCUGUCGUCACCACUGAACAACUGGGAAUCUCCGAACUCGCUGAACACUGAGCGAAUGAGUGUCGGAACCUUGUGGACGCGCUUUCCUGUAACACACAAUCGUCAUGUAAUGUGACCUGGCUUCUGAUGAAGGGACGUGUCCCAUAGUGAGACACAAACGCAUGUUUCCGCCGCUGUUUAUUCGCCUCUGUGCGGAUUGGGCCGCGGCGCGUGCAUAAAACGAUCUCAGCCAAUCAGAGCUCUUGCGCUUCUUCGUAUUGCCCUUUAACCCCAUGUGGCCAAGCACGAAACUAACAAAUAUGGAGGUGGAUUUCGGCGACAGUGAGCUGUUCGAGCAGUUCGAAGCAGACGCUCCUCUCGCGAAACACAUCAGGUUUAGUGAUGAUGAAGAAGAAGCUCCGGAUCUCCGGGAGAGGAUAGAGGUCUGUGAGGAGACUAUAGCUCGACUGAAGACGGAGAAUGAUGAACUGAAGAGAAAGUUACGUUUUUUAAGUCGUCCUGCAGGUAUCAGCCUUGUCAAUUCAAAAGUCGAUGGUCCUUUAUGUCAGAUUCUCUUCGGAAACAACACUAUCUCAAAACAGAGCCGUCAAGACAUUGAAGACUACAUUGUCAGUCUGAUUCAUCAACACCAGUUUCAGCAGAAUAAUGGCCAACAAGCGUCUGCAUUGCACCCUCAGCCACAGAACUCGAGUUUUGUUAUGGAUGAAAACCAGGGAACAAAUGCUGAAGCUUCAACUGGAAAACACAUUCGAGAUGCUUUCUGUGUGGUGGGAAGUGUGUUGUAUUUCACCUCCUUCUGUCUGGAUAAACUCGGUCAGCCGCUUCUCAAUGAAAAUCCCCAGCUGACCGAUGGCUGGGACGUGCCCAAGUAUCAGCAAGUGUUUGGCCAGGUAAUUGCUCUGGAGGGACAGGAAGUGCAGAUCAAAGAGAAGAGGACUAAACCAUGCUGCUUUAACUGUGGCGCUGAAGACCACCAACUGCGCGAUUGUCCAAAGCCCAGAGACAUGGCACGAAUCAACGAGAAGCGAAAAGAGUUUGCACAAGUCAACCAGGGCAACGUUCUGAAUAACCAGCGGUACCAUGCGGAUGAGGUGGAGGAGCGCUUCUCUAAGUACAAGCCGGGAGUAGUGAGUAAGGAGCUCCUGGAUGCCCUUGGCAUUGUUGCUAACACACUCCCUCCCUUUAUUUACCGCAUGAGAGAGCUGGGCUACCCACCCGGCUGGUUAAAGGAAGCUGAGCUGGAAAACUCAGGCCUGAUGCUGUAUGAUGGUAAAACUUCGGGAGAGGAAGACUCAAACAGCUCUAACCAAAAUGUAUGCUAUGAUGUCUCAAAGCUAGUGGAUUUCCCUGGUUUUAAUGUGUCUGCGCCCCCCAAUGUUAGAGAUGAUUACAGGUCAUUUGGUUCCAUCCCAAUGCAGCCUCAACACUGGAAGCCAACGUUUGCUGCUCACUUGUCCAAUAUGUAUCCAGCGGUAAACACAAUUCCUUUCUGUUUCCAGACGAUUGUAUAUUUGUACGUGUGUAAAUAUUGGCCACCUGUCUGUCAACAGCCUGAUUCCAAAUGUGUGAAAAGGAGCCAUGAGAAUGAAUUAACACCACAGCAGGCCAAGAAGCGGCGGGCGAAUUCAGACUUCUGCGGAAGCUCAGAUAUGGACACAGACUCUGAUUAUGACACUCCUAGACGAGACAGAUUUGAUGAUUUCCAGUUUCAGCCUCCACUACCUCCUGGCUCUCCACUCAUUAGCACACCUCCACCCUUACCCCUGGGAACACCUCCAGUCACCCCCACACCACCACCUCUUCCUAAAGGCACGCCUCCGCCAACACCGCCUACAAACGCCGGGUCUCCGGUUCUGUCAGGUAGAAGUGGAGCUGGGUGUGAGGAGUCUGAGGACGGGCUGACGUUAGAGGAGCUCGAGGAGCAGCAGCGGCUGCUGUGGGCGGCACUUGAGAACGCAGAUAACGGCAACAGUGACUCGGACACCGGGGUAACCGGCACACCUGCCAUCGCCUCGCCCCGGGAGUCUCCAAUAGUUGAGCCUGAUGCUGAGUCAGAGGAGGGAGUGGAAGAAUCCCGGUCGAAGGCUGAGGAGAUCUCUGACCAUGACCUUGAACUUUUAAGCAUGCCUGCUUCACCUGUCGAAGUCCCAGUAAGCAGUGCUGACGAAGACAAAAGCAGCAACAGUCAGGUCAAUGACUCUCUUACUGAAGACACAGGCGCAGAGUCUUAUGAUGAGCUAAUAGUUCUGGAUGAGUUUACUCAAAGUAAUGAUUCUGACCCUGAAAAGAACAGAGUAAGUAACAUUUCUGAAGAAAAGUGCACGCCCACAUCAGAUGCACAAGCAGCUGAAGAGAAUGAAGAACCUGAUUUAAAGAAAGUAACAAGCGUUCCACACCGAAGCAAGUUUGCAGAAGGUAUAAUCCCAUUUGAAGACACCCCUGAGUUCACAGAAGUUGCUGAGGCAACAGGGGUUUACCUAAGGAUUCGAGACUUGCUCAAAGAAUCCCCUCGAAAUCAGGCAAAAAACAAGAACUUAAAUUCUUGACUUCUAGGUUCUUUAAAUGUAUGAAUAGGGAAUAAUGUAUGUGAAUUGAACACAUUGGGGGUUUUUUAUGGGAUGAUUAUGAACUACAUCUGUGGAGUUGGAUGUCCAUCUUUAUUUUGCAAUUUUUAUACAAAAAAAAACAAACCAUUUAUUUUCCAAAAAAGGUUAGUUAUUUUGCUUGUGCUUUUUAUUAAUUUCACAAAUGACUGCUGUUGUAAGCUAUGGUUUGGACUAGUAUUUUACGUAUGUACAGUUUUAUAAACCACUCCUUUUUGUUCUUAUAAGUUGCUAAGAUGCCAGUGGUACACCCAGUUUUUUCCCCUGCCAUGUGAGAGGAAUUUUUCAAAUUGGCCAUCAUUAAUGAUAUACAUUUUCAGUGUAUUAUUUUUAACACUAAAUUAUCUUUAAGGCUACAUUUUUACAAAGUCUACCCUGAACUGCUUUUAUUAUGGCCAAAAUCCAGCUAUUUAAGGGCUCAUAAAAAAUAAAAGCCUUUGUUUUCACUUUUAUAGUUA